AAAAAUUAUUCAAAAACAAAAGCCCACAACGCUCUCAAAUCCCGCUUUGAUAAAUUUCAACAUUUUCCCCAUUGUCAUUUCUGCUGUAAUUUUUCUCUCUCAAAAUCUUCAAAUUUUGCCCUAAGAACAUCUCAUUCUCAGGGCAAAAAGUCGACAAAGAAACCAUCGGAGAUCGAUCGGAGACCUAGGGUUGACUUCGAUUGCAGUUUGUAUUGGUAAAAAUGGCUACAGUCGCAACUCGGGGGCCGAUGAUCCGGGGUUCAAAACCUCCCCUGUUCGACGGUAGUAUGGCCGGUGUUUUGAGUGGUGGUUCUUCGAAGGGCACCAACGCGAUCAAAAGAAAGACGCCUUCGGAGUUGAGAGAUGAACAAUUAAAGCGCAAGAACAUUAUUGAGCUUAUGGAUGAAUCUCCAGCACUAGAGCCUGGUUCCAUUUUAAAUGCUAAUGACACUAUGAAAACUUCAAAGAAUCCCAGAUACAUUGACACCCGUGUUGAUGAACUGUUUCCCAGUAGAAAAAACAGUCUAAGGCUUAAAAUCCAAUCUGGAAAGGAACAUGUUAAGGAAAACAUGACUACUGAUCAUACUGCUGGCUUAAAGAAUUCUUCCCUUUCCUUCAAGUUUGCUGCUGCCAGGAAAACAGAAUGUUCAGGUCUUAAAGAUACAAAUGCUUCAACUUCAACUGCAAGCAACAAACAUUUCAAAUCUAAUCAAUCUCACAUGACAACUGAUAAAUGUAACACAAGUACAUUUCGUAGUGUUAUGGAGAUAUCAUCAGGGGGUGACAAGUCAACAAAUGUUUCACUUGAUAUGGAUAAAGCCUUCAAAGGGCUUGCAGCUCUUGAUCCUCCAAUUAUCUCAGUUUCACCAACUGAAUCCAAUGAUGGAAAUGCAAACAUUUCAACUUUUUGCUCAGAAUUUCAUAUCCCUGGCCUAAAGACACCACUGGAUUUCACAUUGAAAACUAGCAUGCGUGUAAUCACAUCGUCUUCUGUAACUUGGUUUCAUAGGUUGAUGAGCUGUGACACGUUCAAUGGUCUCGGGCAGUUCAAUUCUCAAGCUGGAUUGCCUGUUGACCAGCAGUCAAACUGCCCAACUGCCCAAAUCUCCAAUACAAAUGCUUUAUAUUCUUGGGUGUAUCCACAAAGCUCUCUACCUCCUACAGUUAUAUCAGCAUUAAUUUUAUCUUCAAAAGGAGAAGGUCAAAUUGAUUUCUUAACCAAACGACAAUUGGCAUGGGAAGCUUCAUUUCGAAGCCUUUAUGUCAUGUUACGCAAGAACAUUUGUAACUUAUUUUACGUUUGCACUGGACAGUUUGUGGUAAUGUUCACUAACCUUAAUGGUGCAUGCAACGCGUAUGUAUCCCAAUCAACACAAAGCUUGAGGUCACUUCUAAAAGAACAAGACAUCUCUUUUACUAUGCCUCUUUGCAAUUCUAAAGUGGAACAAGAGACUACAGAAGACCUCUUUGAGCUCUCAGAAAUUGAAAAACACAAUCUUGGAAAGACUAGACACACACAUUCUCUAUUUGAUGUGGAUAAUAGUCCAGAAUCAUUGCUAAUGUUCAAUGACAAGAAAAAUGUAAAUGGAUUAUAUGACUUUCUGCUUAACUAUAGGUUUCUUUUACCAUCUUUGACUAGUUUGGAUGUGCCUUUACUUUCUUCACCAAUUCCAUUUGUAAACGCUGCCAUUUCUGCACCUGAGGUUAAAUGCAAGGAAGUAAAGAGAAUCGAUCAUUUGUCUGUUUCAAGUAUAUGUGAAGGAUCAGCUUCCAAUUCAUAUUACAGUAUUGAAAUAAAGGAUUCAUAUCUUCCUCCAUGGAUAAUUAGCAGUGUAUUAGAUGCAAUUAAGUCCCAUGGAGAUGAUAGUUUUGAAGCAAGUUUUGUGAUAGAACCAAUGUCGAUUGGGUUGAAUGUUGGGCUUGAAGGUUUGAAUGAAGAGAGUGGUAUUGGGAAUACGGUUGUUUCUCAUCAAUUGAGUCGUGGGUUUUUGAAAGGCUUAAAGUAUUCAGAUGAAUCCUACGUGGCGUCUCUUUCACCUGUUUAAAGUUGUUUUGUUCUGAAAGUGUUGGUUAUGUUCCUCCCUAAACUUAAACAUGCAUUUGAAUUUAAGUUAUCUACUUUAAUGGUGUUUGGUUAUAGAUUGUA